UCAAAAGGCUGUAACAUUUACGAAAACUUCCAGCUAGUACACAGCUGUAACCACAUUGCUCCAAUAGCAACUGAACAAACAUCUGCACAAAAUUUUUCUGGCUGGAAAAAAAGCUAAAGAUUUUGGUCUUGGGAAAGGUUUCACUUUCAAAAUAAUGAUCCCUCUGUGGCAUUGAUCAACCAACACAUUAACAUGCAUGUCUCCUGCCUCCCCCCAAUUAUUGACCAAGCUCCCAUUAUCUUUCCAAUGCUGUUCAAGUUCGCUACCCUCUCUUAGUUCUCUUUCUUUUCUCUGUCCCUCAUUCUUGCCUCCCUGUCAGGCGCUUUCUUUCUCUUUGCCUCCGUCCACUCCAUCCCCUCUGACCCAGCUGCUCCCUCAUCUCUGCAUCCAAUUUCUCAUCCUCUCUUGGGAGCCCAGCCCAUUGCAAAAGGGGAGACCAAAGCCCCGCUCUGUGUGAUGCUCUGCCUUCUUCUCCUUCUCCUCUUCCCUUCCUUUCCCCUCCCUUGCCGUUUAUUAGAUACUAAUCCCUGGCACUUGGCACCAGUACCCCCUUGGCACUAAUGAAGAGGUUUUUUAAUCAGCUGCCGCCUCCACGCUUCUCUCCUGAUUCCAAUCCCCGGGGACUGUGCUGCGCCGGAGGGUGCCGGAGCUCUUUGCUGCCUGCUCAUUUAUCACAGCGCUGAUGCCACUUCUCCACUCCGACCAGCUGCCUCUGAAGGAACCUCCUGAGUCUUCCUGCUGUGCAGCAUUUGGGAAGCAUUCUUUACUGUGCACAGGUUGAACCCUUGGGAUCGGUGCUUCCUUGCACAUCUCCUUGCCGGAGGGACGCUGGUUUUCCUUGGGACAGCAUCUUGUGAGUAUCCAUCCUUCACUGGGGGCAGACCUCCAGGUGAUGUGUCUCGUGGUUCUCCAACUUUGGUUCUCCUGAAUAUUUCAAAGUCAUUCUCUGUCUGUCAAAUCAACUGGAAGAGACUCCAUGUGAAACCUGAGACACGUUUGGGGACACCUAUGGGGCAACCUUCUGUCCAAACUGUCCAAACCAUCUCCAAAGAGGGGGAAAAAUGGAAACUUCCUGAGCACUGGGUCUUUGAUUAUUUGGAUAACGGAACCAGGUGAUCUGCCACCAGGCAAGAGCUCAGAAGCUACAUCAUCACCUUCUGUUGUUUAAUGAAGGACAUUUUGGAUGCUUUCCCAAAUUUGGUCUUUCAACUCCUAGAGAGAACAGACCAAAAGGCCCUGUCCAGCAUUACAAACAGUUUCUUUCUUUCUUUUUUUCUUUGGAUCUUUGGCAGAACAGUUCACCUCCAGAAAUAUUUCUUGCUUAUUUUCCCUGCAUUUAUUUUUUUACAGCAUUCUAAUUCUUCACCAUUGUAUAAACUGGGAUUUCUCACUAUUUUUUGCAACAGCUGUUCCAUUCAGAAGAUUUCAAGACACAGAGGAGAUUUGACGCCACAAACGACUCACUUUCUACCUUGCUGUGAUUUUUCUUUUUGGUAUACGCUCAGAAGAGAAAGCAAAACUGCAGUCUCAUGUGAAAGGACUGAAGGCGAUUUUUGAAGGGAGACAGCAAUGGAUUCAGGACAGAAGGGAAGAGAUUGGAUUCCUUCGUGCAAGAGGGAAAGUGGAUUAGGAUAUAAUUCUUAAAGGAGGAGGAACGAACAAGACUUCUGAGCUGUCUGAUCCCCAAAGAACAAGGCUGUGUGGGUGUCGGGGACAGAAGCACGUAACCCUAUUCAGACAGACUGAAGGCAGUUUCUAAUAGAAAUUGGGAGGGUCAGGAGAAAACUCCUGGCAGGAGCGAUAAAAUAGACUAGGUAGGAAUGGAGGGGAAUUUCAAAGGAUGGCAGUGGUUCUUAAAAUAAGCAAGAUAUAUCUUUUAAUUUCUGUACUACAGAAGCAAGUACUGUUGGGGAUUAGGAGAGUAAACUUUCAGUCUCAGGGAUUAUGGGCACUUUGGCCUACCACCAACAUCCAGUGGCUGAUACUUGCGGUAGCCAGGUUCCCACUUUAGCAGCAAAAGGGGUGCAGGAUGAAAGGUGUUUGAUAUAACAGGACUUUGCAGAAACCUACUUGAAAGAAUUUGUCAUUUUGGAUCUUGCUCAAUUCUCAAACUAUCCUUCGAAGAAAAUUUGCUGCUUGCCAGGUCUGUACAUGCUGACAGUUUUAGAAGUUUGGGGAAUGUCCUUUGGAAGUUAUCUCUGAACUUUUCCUCAUAGUGGAAGAUCAGAGCCAGCAACUCCUAAAUUGCUAAGCUCCCCAAGAUAAACCUGUCAACUCUUUACACAGUUCCUUGAACUGUGAUGGAAUGUUUCCAUCCUCAGUCCUUAAGCCAUUAUCCUAAUUCUCUGGGGGAAAUUCUUGCUCUGAAACUACUGCAUUUCAAUGCUUUAUAUAUCUGAGCACACCUGUGCAGUGUUCAGACUAUAACAGAUGCAAUGCUGUGUAUGGGGAGGAUGGCAUAUUAGGGUAAGUGCCCAUUCACAAGAGGCUUUAUUGCUUGGGAAAAUGUGUGUGUGGGAGGGGAGAUCUAAAAUUACUCCUAACUCUAGGGGAUUCUAGAGACAUAUGCUUUAAACUCAUCAGCACUCUUUAAAAUAUCUUAAGGGAUUUCAGAUUUUAAUUAGAAAGAUUGCUUAAUCUCAAUGAAUGGGCUAUAAUUGGUUUUUAACAAGACUAUUAAUGAUUUUUUGUCUUAAUACGGUAAAGAAAGGAGACAGGGUUAGCAAUUAGUGAAUGUUUUAAAGAUCUCCUUAAAGAUAUCCUUAGCAGAAACUGAACAGCUUGUCAAUAACUACUCUUUCCGCAGACCUUCAAUCAUAAUCUGGAGUGUUAAAGAAUAUUGGCUCCUUGCCCUCUGUGUGCGAAUUCAUUCACCCUAAUUCCUAUCUAGGAGAAGAUAGCUGAUUUGAUAUCCGAAUGCACUCUUUCUAUGGACCUAAACCCUCUCUGCUGCAUAGAAGGCGCUCUUUCUCUAUCCUUAUUUUCUCAAGUUACUAGCUCUCAAGAAGAAAACCCCCAAACUGAGAUUAAUUGCUGAUAGGAUUUCCAUUUUGUUUAGUUACGGCUUUUCUGUGGACAUAUUUAAUGGAAAGGCCACCAUAUAUACAUAAGGAGGCACAAGUUAUGGUCACAAGGAAAUCUGCUCUCUUGUUCUUUACGAAUGGAAAAAAUUGUUUUCAAGAAUGUCUUCUGCACAGUUGAACUUGAAAACUCCAGAAUUAUUAUCCCACCGAACAUGACUUUCUGGUGAACUGGGAAACUCAGGCCGGGCUUCAAGCAACAGAACCAUCAACUCCUGAUUUCUCUUGGAAAACUGGAACCAUGAUUAAACUAAGCCGAAAGUCUCGCUCGAUGCUGUCCUUGGGCCUCAAUUCUCUUGCCCUCUGCUUUUCUGUGUCAGCUUUUUGCACCAGCUAUUGGUGUGAAGGGACCCACAAAGUUGUCAAGCCACCCUGCCUCUCCGCUGUCAAGAAAGGGAACUGUGUGCCUGUCAACAGCAAUGACACAAUGGAUGGGAAUGUGACUAUGGACCCACAUGUGGUCCAAUACAUCUGGGAGACGGGCGAAGAUAAGUUCUCUUUCCGCUAUUUCCACACGGGCUUCUGGUUCUCAUGUGAGGAACAUCAUGGAGCGGAGAAGUGCCGGAGCUUCAUCGAGCUGCCCCCAGAGUCAGAAAAAGGGGUACUAUGGCUUUCUGUUGCCUCAGAGUUUCUUUAUAUCAUCCUCCUGACUGUGGGGUUCUUGCUGAUGUGCUUGGAUGCUGUCUACUACGCCAAUUUCAUUGACGGACUCAAGAUCAAUGCUUUCGCUGCUGUGAUCACCGUUCUCUCAGGGCUCCUAGGCAUGGUGGCCCACAUGAUGUACAUGACUGUCUUUCAAGUGGCUGUGAACUUGGGACCAAAAGACUGGAGACCUCAGACGUGGUAUUAUGGGUGGUCCUUUGGCAUGGCCUGGCUGUCUUUUACGCUCUGCAUGUCGGCCUCUGUGCUGACACUCAACACCUACACCAAAACCAUCCUGGAAUUCAAAUAUCGCCAGCGGAUUUUUGAGAAGCACACGGCGUCCAUGGGGAGCCUGAGAGGCUCUGAUCCACCCGCUUUGGCCCCUGACAUCGAACGCUACCUGUGGGAUAAAUACAUCUUUAGUGUUAGCGACUCUCUAGACUUCUCCCCCAGCCCCCCAGGUCCCAUGGCCCCCUGCGUGGGACGCAAGGCAUACACAGGAGGCUAUGCUGGGCUUGCUGGAGGUUACAGUGGGGAUGCUGGUGAUGAAGAUGAUGGGGAGCCAUGCUGAGGGACAGACCUUUGGGUUGAAAAGGAGCCCUCCUCCUCCUCCUCCUCCUUUAUGCAUCUCUGUUCUGCUGAUGUUUCCAUUGACUCCCACAUCCAUGAGAUCAUUUCCCCGCAACAACACCUUCCCACCUUGACUCUGGUGUGGCACAUGGUGGCUAUUUCACAAUGUACAGAAACAUCCAUUCUUUCCAUACACUCUUCUCCCCAGUAAUUGUGCUGAUUUUAGAGAAACACAAAAGCAGGGUUCUUUUAAGUGGUGGCACUCCAUCUGCAGAAUGCUCUCCCGGUGCCUAUGGUGUGGUCUUUCCUGCGACAGUCAGAGGACUUUUAAUUCUCCCAGGAAAGUUAAGACCUGUUUUUAGUGCUUUUAGACAUUAGUGCUCUUCUGUUUUGCUGCUGGUUUUUACUUUGGUUUUAUAUGGCAUGGUGGUUUUUAUCUUGUUUUUUAAUAUCUAUGCUGUUUCUAGUGACUUUUGUUUUGUUGUUUCUAUGUCAUGUAUUUAACAUAGGAGCCACGCUGGCGCAAUGGGUUAAACCCUUGUGCCAGUUGAAUUGCUGACCUGAAGGUUGUUGGUUCGAAUCCGUGAGACGGGGUGAGCUCCUGUCUGUCAUCUCUAGCUUGCGAGGACAUGAGAGAAGCCUCCCAGCAGAAUGCCACACAUCCAGGUGUCCCUUGAGCAACGUCUCUGUAGAUGGCUAAUUCUCUUAUACCAGAGGCGACUUGCAGUAUGUUCUCAAGUAGCUUCUGACAUGAUAAUUUUUUAAUGUAUUGUAUUACACAGAUGAUAACUCUGUCUACUAGAUCUAAAUGAGGAAGCAAGCAAGGAAGGAGGGAGUUGAAUCUAAGGAUCGGAGAAAUCCUCAGCUCCAUAAGCAAGUGAAGCAGUAAUUCAAAGCCUUCUUUGGAGGCAACGUAAGUGCAGACAACAAGGUCUCUUCCAUACUACACCACUAACAUGUUAAUUUCCAUGGCUGCAUACUAUGGGAUAUUGGGAUGUGUACUUUCUGAGAGCUCUGGUGCCUCUCCAAACUACAAAUCCCUGGAUCCCAUACUAUGGAGCUAUGGCUCUUAAAGUGGAAUCAUAAGGUUAUCAUGUGUGGUGUGAGAGAAGCCCAACCUUACCACAAGAUGCAAAGACAUGACCAACCCAGGGCUGGAUUGGGGCAGGAGGACACAAUAGAGAUCAGACAGAUCUAAUCUACUAGGCACAGUUUACUAGAAACCAGUACUUUAAAAAACCCACUGCAACAAGAGGGAGUUGAGUGAGAGCCAUGUUGUGUCCAUACAAAGUUGGCAUUUAUAUCAGAGACUGUUUUAAUGGACUGUGCCUUGUUUGAAUUAGCUGUGUUUCGAUCUUAUGCUUCAAGCAUCAAUGUGCUUCAGGCUGUUCUUUCAUCCAAGCAUCCUCCGUAAUAUUUAUUGAUAGCCCUCUAUUGAUGCAUUUAAGAGAUUUCUCCCACCCACCUUUCAGUAAACACUGCCAUGACAAACGAGGUUACUAAAAAAAGUUUUGAAAUCCUUGAAAGGAUCAUGAGGGGAGGGAAGAAACAAAUAAAUACAGUAAUUAACUGUGGUCAAUUACAGUGUGAUUGGUAAUUACAAUUAGAAGCUCUCACACCCAUUCAGUACCGUACAUUUCAGAAACAGACUGAAACAAGAAUGUCUUUAAAAAGCAACCUUGAUGAGGCUGGCACAGUCUGCCCAGGGAAGGAAUUCCAAAAUUGUGGAGCUACUACCAGAGCUUAUGUUUUUGAUCUAUGGCAGUAUAGCAAGGGAUCAUAGCAUAUAUCUGUCAGAUAGCUUUGGUUGUUUGUUUGGAGUGGAUGCAAUCUUUAUAUAUCAUUUAUUUACAGUAUUUAUAUUUCGCCCUUCUCACUCCGAAGAGGACUCAGGGCGGAUCACAGAACACAUAUACGGCAAACAUUCAAUGCUGUUAGACACAUACAGGACAGACAACAGUAGAGGUGUAUAGGCAUUUCCCAUCUUCGGCGUCAUGGAGGUUGUGCGCAAUUCUGACCACUGGGGGUGCUGUACCUCCAUCCUCCAUGUCGAAGAGCUUUGUUCACAGACUUCCUCCUUCACUGGCACUUUUCUGGUAUUUUCUUAUGGUGUCAUUAAAAUACCUCCCCACUUAAGCAGUACCUAUUUAUCUACUCACAGCUGUUUUCAAUCAGUUAGGUGGACAGUGAGCUGGGCUUAAGGUUGGGCACUCACCUCAGACCCAGGUUUCGAAUUGCCAACCUUCCACUGGCAAAAUUUAUUGCAGCUGGUGGUUAAUCUGCUGUGCUAAAGCCCGGCCCUUCAUGUGGAUCCAUCAGGCUCUCUUCUCACUGGCAAGCAUUCAGACUUUGUAAAUAUCUAAGGUGACUAACCUUAUACUUAGGAGUUGUGACAUCCAUUUAAUUGGAUAAUUGCAGCAGAAUCUUGUUUAGUCACCAUAGUCCACCAUCCAUGAGGAAUGUAACUAUCUAUCAAUGUGAGGCCAUGAUCCUGCAUGCAGUUACAUGGGAGUAUAAGUCCCACGAAACUCAACAUGGCUUCAUUUCUCAAUAAUCCUGUAUUCAUCGAGCCUGUAAAGGUUACCUAUAAACACAAUUUGCACAACGCCGAGAUCAUUCCAGCUGUUACCAUAAAGUUCUCUUUCUGAUCCAGCCCAUGGAUCAUUCAAGUGUGAGAAGGGAAAAUUUCCACACUCUUUCACUUCACCCCAAGUUUCUCACUACCGGAACAGAUCCCACCCACCCCUUUCCCCCUGAGAUUUGUUCAAUGAAUGUGUGAAUGGUGAGAUUUGCCACUGGAAUGAUGACGCUGGAGCAAGUCAUUUAAAUAUCCUGUGAUCCAAUUUUCCUAGUAAUUAGAUUUUUUUAAAGGAUACAAAUAUACUACAAUGCAGCCUUCUCCUUUGUUGUUGAUACCCUAAACCUUUGAUGUUCUCUUUCCCAAUAUGAUAAUGUGACUGAGCUUGUGAAUGAGACCCAAGUACCUUAUCUGUCUAUAUAUAUGUGGUGAGUAUUAUAAUAGUUAUUGAGUAGUGCAGUAGAAAACAUUAUCCUACUCAGUUUUCCCUAUCCAUACAUUGUUUCGUCUCAUGGAUCUGGGUUCUUCUUGCUAUCAUAGCCAUGGCUUAGUUGCUUUUUUUGCACUGCAUCUCCCAAAAUCCCCCACAGCCAGUAUGGCCAGUGGUUAUGCUAAUGGGGAAAUUUUAGAAUUGUAGUGCAAACAGUAACUUUCCCAAGCUUUAUUGUUGCACAACAAAGAGUAUUCCCCUCCACACCCAUCUUUCAUGCCUCCCCCCAGCCUAUUUGCAGCUGUCUGCUUUAUAUCAUCAGCUUUGCUUCAUGUAAUUUUUUUUCCAUCUGUGGAGAAUGGGGAUGAUCAGGACUUGUUAAUUACUGCUUGAUUAAAGGGAUUAAAGAAUUAA